GAGCGGGGCGGCGGUCGCCUGAGAUCUACCACGAUGCCUGGGUCUCUGCCAGUGAAUGCUGAAUCAUGUUGGCCCAAAGAUGUGGGGAUUGUUGCACUGGAAAUAUAUUUUCCCUCUCAGUAUGUUGACCAGACAGAGCUGGAGAAGUAUGAUGGUGUGGAUGCUGGGAAAUACACCAUUGGGCUAGGCCAGUCAAAGAUGGGGUUCUGCUCCGACCGUGAGGAUAUCAAUUCUCUCUGCUUGACUGUGGUUCAGAAGCUCAUGGAGAGGAACAGCCUUUCCUAUGAUUGUAUCGGGAGAUUAGAAGUUGGAACGGAGACGAUAAUUGAUAAAUCAAAAUCCGUAAAGACUGUCCUGAUGCAGCUUUUUGAAGAAUCUGGUAAUACCGAUGUAGAAGGAAUUGACACCACCAAUGCAUGCUAUGGAGGCACUGCUGCUCUUUUUAAUGCUAUUAAUUGGAUUGAGUCCAGUUCUUGGGAUGGGCGCUAUGCACUUGUUGUUGCUGGAGACAUCGCUGUGUAUGCCACGGGAAAUGCCAGGCCAACAGGUGGAGCUGGUGCUGUUGCUAUGCUUGUUGGUCCAAAUGCUCCGUUAAUUUUUGAGAGAGGGUUGCGGGGAACUCACAUGCAGCAUGCAUAUGACUUCUACAAACCAGAUAUGGUUUCUGAAUAUCCUGUCGUUGAUGGCAAACUAUCUAUACAGUGCUACCUCAGUGCGUUAGAUCACUGCUAUACUGUCUAUCGAAACAAAAUCCAUGCCCAGUGGCAAAAGGAGGGCACAGACAGACGUUUCACCUUGAAUGACUUUGGAUUCAUGAUCUUUCAUUCUCCCUACUGUAAACUGGUACAGAAAUCUGUGGCUAGACUCUUGCUCAAUGACUUUCUCAGUGACCAGAACCCAGAAACAGCAAACGGUGUUUUCAGUGGUCUGGAAGCUUUCAGGGAUGUAAAACUUCAAGAUACAUAUUUUGACAGAGAUGUGGAAAAAGCUUUCAUGAAAGCUAGUGCAGAGCUCUUCAGUCAGAAAACCAAAGCUUCAUUACUUGUAUCCAAUCAGAAUGGAAAUAUGUAUACCCCUUCAGUCUAUGGUUGUCUUGCCUCUCUUCUAGCACAGUACUCCGCAGAGCAGCUUGCAGGACAGAGAGUUGGUGUGUUCUCUUAUGGCUCUGGUUUUGCUGCUACGCUGUAUUCUAUCAGAGUUACACAGGAUGCCACUCCUGGUUCUUCACUGGACAAAAUAACUGCCAGUCUUUCUGAUCUCAAAACAAGACUUGACUCAAGAAAAUGUAUUGCACCUGAUGUCUUUGCUGAAAACAUGAAGAUUAGACAGGAGACACAUCAUUUGGCCAACUAUAUUCCACAGUGUUCAGUAGAAGAUCUUUUUGAGGGAACAUGGUACCUUGUGCGUGUGGAUGAAAAACACAGGAGAACUUACGCGAGGCGCCCGCUCAUGGGUGAUGGACCUCUGGAGGCAGGAGUUGAAGUUGUCCACCCAGGUCUUGUCCAUGAGCACAUCCCAAGCCCUGCUAAGAAAGUGCCAAGAAUCCCUGCAACAACAGAAUCUGAAGGCGUUACUGUUGCCAUUUCCAAUGGGGAGCAUUAAGAUACCUCUGUGAGGUGGGGAAUGACAUGAGGUGUGAGGGUAGGGUGAGAGAGAAAGGAUUGCAGUAGUGCUAAAGUUUCAGUAUACCAUAGUACUUCAUUGGAGCAUGGAAAAACUGUUUAAGCCCCUUGAAAUUUGUCAUAAUAUGGUGUGCUGAUAUUUGUAGUAUUUUCAGAACACUAAAAUUAUGAAUAUAUUGGGGAUAGAGGACUUGCCAUGGGCUCUAUGGAUUCCCUGACAUGUCUGAAUUUUUUUAAUUUCUGAGUAGUAGCUGUAGUCUGUUACAAGGUCUUUGUACAGAGGAAAAAAAGAAUCUUCUGCUUGCUCUUUCCAUGUAAAAUGACUUGAAAACUACACUGUUAACUUCUACUUGUACUCAAGUGUGUGGCAAAAUAGUCCAAGCUUUUAAUGUUAGGGUUCUCAGUGCCUUGACAGUAAGCAGUCUAUCUUCUCAAUGCUGCACUUCUUCUCUUUCCCUUUAUCACCUUCCCUUUCUUCUCCCAGUCUACCUCCCAUCACCCCAUUGCUUUGGGAAAGGUAUAGAACCAAGUAACAUUCAUUGCUGAAAUAGAAUCUCCCCUGUCAAAAUUACUGGAUCAAGAACAACGAGACUGACAGGUGGUUUUCUUCCAAGAAACCCUGUGACUUGCUGUGCUAAGUUAUACAUAAUUCCUCCUAAAAUCCAUAUUAUGUGUUUUAUACCUGCAUGAUAAAUCACAGCAGCCUGGGAGGA